CCGCCUGUCCCUUCUUCUCUUUGUUUUUUUUUUUAUCAGAGAGAGUCUUUGGGAGGAGCAAGCCGGGGAGCAAGGGGGGUGAGGGAGAGAAGAGAGAGAGAGCUUCGUCAAGAUGGGUAUCUCUCGGGACUCUAUGCACAAGAGGCGCGCCACGGGAGGGAAGAAGAAGGCUUGGAGGAAGAAGAGAAAGUAUGAGCUCGGACGGCAGCCGGCGAUGACGAAGCUUUCGAGCAAUAAGACGGUGAGGAGGGUUAGGGUGCGAGGCGGGAACGUGAAGUGGAGGGCUCUGCGUCUCGAUUCCGGAAACUACUCUUGGGGCAGCGAGGCGAUCACUCGCAAGACACGUAUACUCGAAGUUGUUUACAACGCGUCGAACAACGAGCUCGUGAGGACGCAGACGCUUGUGAAGAGCGCAAUCGUGCAGGUCGAUGCGGCGCCGUUCAAGCAGUGGUACCUCCAGCACUAUGGCAUCGAUAUCGGCCGCAAGAAGAAGGCAGCCGCCACCAAGAAAGAAGGAGAGGAUGCUGACGGGGCAACACAGGAGACUAAGAAAAGCAACCAUCUUCUGAGAAAAAUCACGAAGCGUCAGGAGGGGCACAAACUUGAUCCUCAUAUUGAGGAGCAGUUCAGCUCAGGCAGAUUAAUGGCUUGCAUUUCAUCUCGACCUGGUCAAUGUGGACGAGCUGAUGGAUACAUACUUGAGGGUAAGGAGCUAGAAUUUUACAUGAAGAAGAUUCAGAGGAAGAAGGGCAAAGGUGGAGCUGGUGCUGCUUGAGCAACUUCAUAGUUUUGAAUUUUGCUCCCCUCCCAAGCUUUUUGUUCCUCAGUAGCUAAAUGCUAUGUUCACAAUGGCAAUUUUAAUAUUUUUGUUUUGUCCUUCUGAUGAUAAACGUUGAGGACUUGUGGCAGAUUAGAUUGGUUUCUUUCUGUGAACAGUUUCCUGCACGAUUGGUUAAAAGUUGGAUAUGUUUCUACUCA